AUGGUAGUUAGAUCACUUGAUGUAAAUAAUGAUCCAUUUCGUCCUCGGGAAAGUAAUGAGGACAUCCUUGGUCCUGAUGUACCAUAUCUAAGUGCAAUAGGAGCACUGAUGUACCUUGCUAGUCAUACACGGCCUGACAUAUCAUUUUCUGUUAAUUUAUUAGCAAGGUUUAGCUCAUGCCCUACCCGAAGGCAUUGGAAUGGAAUUAAGCAAUAUUUCGUUACCUCCAAGAUCUCUAAUCCAGAUAUACAAGAAGAUUGUGGUCUAUCAUCUGAGAAGUUGACUCCAACAGUUUUGUAUGAGGACAAUGCAGCAUGUAUUGCACAGCUCUCGGAAGGAUACAUCAAGGGCGAUAGGACAAAACAUAUCUCACCAAAAUUCUUCUUCACUCAUGAACUCCAGAAAAGUGGCGAUAUUGAUGUUCAACAAGUUCGUUUAAGUGAAAAUUUGGCAGAUCUAUUUACUAAGGCACUUCCAACCGCUACUUUUAAGAGGCUGGUUCGACAAAUUGGAAUGCGUUCUCUCAAAGAACUUCACUGA